GCGAUACUUCUUUAUUUUGUAAUACUGAAUAAGAGUGAUGUCUUUUCACAUAAAGUAUGUUUAAUUUGUUAUAUACUAACCCAGCCCGAGUGAUUUUUAAUACUAGACUAAAUACAUUUAUUUCUAGUAAUUUCCCAUUUAUUCUAAUGAGAAUUCAGAGUGUUAACACAUUUACUAUCCAGUUGUUACUUAUUUACAGAGAGUUUAUUUGUUUUUAUCACUUCAGUCAUAUUUUUAAAAUCUUAUUUAAGUAGGAUCACCCUUUAAAAAAAACAACAAACCCCCUGCUUAAGCACAUGGAAUCUCCCUUAUAUAGGAAACUCUCUGAGGGCUGGGACUCUUUCAGUUUUUGUCACGACUGCUGCAUAUCCUACACCUAGCCCAGUGCAUGGCACAGAGUAGGUGCUCAAUUUAAGUAUUUGUUGAUUAAAUGAAUGAGUGACUAAUUGAAUGAAUAAGGAAAUUUCAAUUCCAGAUACUCUAGAGCAGUAUUUCCCAAACUUCAUCCAUUAAUAGAAGUUACGUUUUGUCUCAUCCCCUUACCACCUGCAUACUUCUUUGACAUCACCUCCUCUCAAACCUAGAUCCACACUGGUUCCUGUCGGCUACAAUUUCCUUUUGAGGCAGGAAGCUCGGUCUACUACUUCUAGUUAAUUCUUUUAGAAAAUAUUUGACAUAAUUAUUCCUGAGCCCCAGAACAUUUUGGAUCACCAAAACUUAGAAUGUAAGCUCAGCAGUAGUGAAUAAGCACAAAAGUGUGGAAAACAGUUGAAAGCAUGGACAGAGCCAAUGGAGUGCAAUUAUAAGAUGGCCAAAGGGAAAAGAAAAGACCUCUCAGCUCUGGAACUGUUCAGACCUUGGUCUGGUGAAAAAGAGGCUGCACACCACAGAUUGUGCUGAGCAGUGAACAAAUAUUUAAGUUCUGAAAAUCCACUGUUCUUUGAACUACGUGCCAGAUACCUAAUUGCUUGUGAACGCAUACCUGAAGCAAUGGCUCUUAUUAAAUCUUGCAUAAACCAUCCAGAAAUCAGUAAAGACUUGUACUUCCAUCAAGCACUCUUCACAUGUCUGUUUAUGUCACCUGUAGAAGAUCAGCUAUUCCGGGAGCAUUUAUUGAAAACUGAUUGUAAGAGUGGAAUUGAUAUCAUCUGUAACACUGAAAAAGAAGGCAAGACUAUGUUAGCCUUGCAACUCUGUGAAUCCUUUCUUAUUCCACAGCUCCAGAAUGGGGAUAUGUAUUGUAUCUGGGAGUUGAUUUUCAUAUGGAGUAAACUUCAGCUUAAGUCUAAUCCUUCAAAACAAGUUUUUGUAGAUCAAUGCUACCAGCUUUUAAGAACAGCAACUAAUGUGAGAGUCAUAUUUCCUUUCAUGAAAAUCAUUAAAGAUGAGGUUGAAGAAGAAGGCUUACAAAUUUGUGUUGAAAUAUGUGGUUGUGCUCUACAGCUAGACCUUCAUGAUGAUCCCAAAACUAAAUGUCUAAUUUAUAAAACAAUUGCACAUUUUUUGCCAAAUGAUUUGGAGAUUCUCAGGAUUUGUGCACUCUCAAUAUUUUUUCUUGAGCGCUCCUUGGAAGCUUAUCAUACUGUUGAAGAGCUUUACAAACGUCCAGAUGAAGAAUAUAAUGAAGGCACAAGUAGCGUUCAAAAUCGUGUUCGUUUUGAAUUACUUCCAAUUUUGAAAAAGGGAUUGUUUUUUGAUCCUGAAUUCUGGAACUUCGUAAUGAUUAAGAAAAACUGUGUGGCUUUACUGAGUGAUAAAUCAGCAGUUAGAUUUCUAAAUGAAAGUACACUGGAAAAUUGUACAGGUAAUCUAAAAAAGGCGGUGGAACAGCAAGGCUUAGAUAAAGGGCUUGACUCUCUUACAGAUCAGAGCACUGGAGAGCUUGAUUCUGAUGAGAUUCCUGGAGUGCAGCCUAAAGGUCACAUUAACACAAAGAAAAACUUCACAGCUCUUAACGCUUCCAAAGUAGAUCACAGUGUCCCACGACAUCGGUGUAUGUUGUGUAACAAAGAAUUUCUAGGUGGGCACAUUGUAAGGCAUGCCCAGGCUCAUCAGAAAAAGGGCAGUUUUUCAUGUGUAAUAUGUGGUAGGAAAUUUCGAAACAGAGGACUUAUGCAGAAGCAUUUAAAGAAUCACGUUAAGAAAAUACAGAGACAGCAAAUUGCUGCAGCUCAGCAGGAGGAUCAGGAAAUCCCUGCUUUGGAAGAAAUAAAUUGUUCCAAUUCUUUCAUUUCAUUUGAAAAUGGGAAUUCUCAUAAUAAGGAUUUGGAAGUAGAAACUAUUACUGCUUCCAGUGAUGGAAACAAAGAAGUCAUCCCUGCACAUGUGGCUGAAUUCACUGAAAUUCCCAUAAGUGUAUCAGAAGACAUUGAAAACAUUAUUGAAAAUGGCAGUCCUGAUACUUCUUUAAAUAAAGUCGCAGAACCUUUACCUGUAUGUGAGGAUGACUAUGAGGAGGAAGAGGACGAAGAAGGUGAUUAUGAAGAAGAUGAUUAUGACCUGAAUCAAGAAACUUCAGUGCUUCAUAAAAUCAAUGGAACUGUGUGCCACCCGAAAGACAUAUAUGCUACAGACCAAGAAGGAAACUUUAAGUGCCCUGCUCUUGGCUGUGUUAGGAUAUUUAAAAGAAUUGGAUUUCUAAAUAAACAUGCAAGGACUGUUCACCCAACUGAUUUAAAUGUGCGGCAAACAGUAAUGAAGUGGAGCAAAGGAAAAUGCAAAUUUUGUCAGAGGCAGUUUGAAGAUUCUCAACAUUUUAUAGAUCACCUUAAUAGACACAGCUAUCCAAAUGCGUACUUUUGUUUGCAUUUUAAUUGCAAUGAGUCAUUUAAGCUGCCAUUCCAGCUCGCUCAGCACACAAAAAGUCACAGGAUUUUUCAAGCUCAGUGUAGUUUUCCAGAAUGCCAUGAGCUUUUCGAAGAUCUUCCUCUGCUAUAUGAACAUGAAGCUCAGCAUUAUUUAAGUAAAACACCAGAAUCAUCUGCACAGCCAAGUGAAGCAAUUCUUUGGGAUGUUCUUACAGACACAAAUCCUAAUCGUCAGGAAAAAGACUCAUCUAGUAAUGAGAAACAAACUGUUAGUCUGCCAGUUUCUACUAGCAAAUCAAGGAAAGAUUCUGCAGAACCAAAGACGUGUAUAGAAAGUAUGGAAAAGAAAACAGACAGUUUAGUUCAGAAUGGAAAUGAACAUUCUGAUGACACUGUUUCUGAUAUAAGCUUGAUAGACCAAAAGAUGCCUGACAUAGAGCCAAAUGCUGAAAAUAACUGUAGUAUUAGUGAUUUAGUCAAUGGACACAGUGGAAUAGAGCAGACACCUUUAGUUUCAUCAGAUCCUGCUUUGAAAACUGAUACAAAUAGAGUCAGGACAGAAAACGGCUCCAUUUUACCCAGUGUUGUACCACAAGAACACAAUACCCUGCCAGCAUCUCAGGCACCCUCCAAACCAAAUCUGACAACUGAACACACUUCAUAUGGCUUAAUUUUAACAAAGCCAUAUGUCAGACCAUUGCCUCCCAGUUACCUUGAUGAACGGUACCUUAGUAUGCCAAAACGCAGAAAAUUUCUGACUGAUAGAGUAGAUGCCUGUUCUGAUCAAGAUAAUGUUUGUAAAAAAUCAGUGAAAAGAUUGAGAUGUGGCAAAUGCCUGACCACCUACUGUAAUGCAGAAGCACUUGAGGCUCACCUUGCACAAAAGAAAUGUCAGACACUCUUUGGAUUUGAUUCAGAUGAUGAAAGUAAGUCUUCUGUCUUCUCAGUAGGUAUAUCUGUAGAAAUAGAAAAUGCCAUAGAUCUUUAUAAGGUUAAAAAAUUAACAUUUGUAUGUCAGUUAAUAAAGCACUACCCCAUACUUUAUUUCCUUUAAUUCAUACAACCACUAUGAGGUGAUAUUACUAUUCCUGUUUUAUAGAUCAAGCAACUGAAUUCACAAGUUAACUAAUUUGUAUAGGCACAGGCCUUUGAACUUGUGGAAGCCAGAACUUGAACACAAGUGUUUCAUACUCUGAUCAUACUGUUUCACUGUGUCUAAGGCUUUUCUUCAUUCUGAGUUUCAUAUAAUAAAAGUUCCAGAAACAAAGUCAUUAUGAGGGAAAUGUUUUUCAUCUGCAUGCCAGAAUAUCAACUGAAGAAAGUUGAGUCUCUGUUACAAAAACAGAACUAAGAAAGAACCAGAAAAUAAUUGAAAAACAAAAUUCAGCAAAAGAAGAGCUUGCCUUUCUAAUUAUAAAUAUUCUUUGAAUGAGUAAAAGUAUAAAUUAAACAGGAAUCUGACGUAGAAUUCCAGUUGAACAUCUAUAAAAUUUGAAUUAACAGACAUGUUCUGUUUUACAGGUGCCUGAUAAAAAUGUUUCAGAAAGAUCUGUCGAUCAAGCCGUAGUGUGAACAAAGCACUACAAGAAAAUGCAUCAUCAGUUUGCUCUUUCCUUGAUGGCCUUAAUUUUAGAGCGGUCUCGGAUUACUAGAGAUAAAGAUAAAGCACAUUUUCUAGAAUAACUCCCAGAGAUGUGCUGGUUUAGACUCCAAAAGGGUUAUUACAAAACUCCCAAAGUACCAGUUAUCCAGAAAACCACACUUUUAAAAAAGUAGAUGAUGAUUAAUAGCAGCAUGUUCAGUUUCGCUUAUGUGAGAAAUAUAUUCAGACAACUAGUCAGAAAGAAAAACCAGCUAUGGCCUUACCGAAAGGGAAAAGUUAACCCAUUAUAAAAAAGGGGGUAGGGUUGGUUUACAAUAAACAACUUAAAGUGUUCUACAAAUGAGAUUUGUUUUCUUGUCAUGCAUAAUGAAGUUCUGUCCUCCCUUCUGGUCAAACAUGGGUUAAGGAACCCUGCUAUUUGGUUUAUUAUAAUUUAGAAACUGAUACAUGGAAAUAAAACUUGAGUUACCAUCAUGCUAUCCAUAAAAGAUUGUAAGUUGUUUCCAGGUGGUUAAUUAGACAGGUCAAAGUUCAAUGAAUGGCACGCCAGCAUUGAAAAUUACAAAACAAAAGAAAAUGACAGUAGUGCUCCAAUUUCCAUUUUUGUAAUACCAAUGAGUUAUAUUUAAAAAGCAGCAGUGUCAAUUAAAUGGCAAAAGUACCAUCAGUAACUUUGGGGAGCGAUGGGAGGAAUCUAAGACUAUUAAAGGCUAUCUAGUUGAAGGAAAACACUGAAUUGCAAAUUCCUCAAUGUGAAUAAUGGUAUAAGCACACUGGGAUAUUUCUAUUUGUAUACAGAGUUGUGUUAGGACAUUGCUUGAUGAUUCAUAGUAAGGUCCUUUAGACAUUAAUGUGAGUUAUCUAAGUAAAGUCCUAUAAAAAUAACUUGCUGUAAGAAAAUAUAUCAGCUAAGAAUCAGGUCAAGAAUUCAUUGGUUUUAUUCAAUUAGAAGAGUUAAUUCUAAAAUAAGCCAUAUGACUCAUACUUUCUUAUUUAUUAAUGAUGAAUUUGGUCUGAAGAGUAAUUUUUAUAUAUAAAAGGAAAAAUUUACACAAAAAUUUGCACAGCAAGAACAUGAUAAAGAUAUAUUGAUGCGUUUAUUUUCCUUGAUGACCAGUAAUUUUCCUAAGGAAGAUUUUAUCUUAAUAGUCAAUAAAUUGUUAAAACAAAAAAUGUUUUUUAAAAUACCCUCUUAGAUGUGUUCCACUUGUACAUUCUCUAAAAGAGGAAGCUUAAAGAUCUUUUACCUAAUAGUAGUCUGUUAAUCUAUAGCAGGAAUAAAAUAAACAAAAAUGCAAAGGCAAAUUCUUCAGAAAUGGAGGUACUGGUGUACCAAUGUCAACCAAAUAUUCCAGUUAUUCCAGCUGAUACAUUUUUGUUCAAAGCAGUUAAUCUCAUCAGACCCUACUGUUACAAAUUUUUUGAUAUUAAAGCUUCUUGAAUGAAGUUACUAAGAAAGUGGAACAUUUCUUCCAGGGUAGCAUCCAGACUUUAUUAAAUUAGGAUUUUCAGGUCAUGAUAGGUCAGAUAUCUAAAAAAAAAUUUUCCAGUUUUACUAGUUUAUUUUUAAUGGGCAUUCACUACUAUGCAAUUGAGAGUCGUAAGUCCAUUCUAGUCAAAUUUAGGUUUUUGUUUUGUCAUAUAGCCUACAUUAGGCUGUGGAAUUUAUAUUUAAAUAAUAGAUAAGUAAACACAACUCAGAUUUUUAAAUCAUUUGAGGUCAACUUAAAAAGAACAUGUUUUCCAUACUUCCUGAUACUAAAAAUAGAACAGUUGGGUGAUAUUUCAGUUCAGUCUAAAAUACAUCAUGUAAUAAAAAGUCUGUUUAAAAACUACUUCAUUUGGACAAUGGAGGGUUUUUUUUUAAAGAUAAUUUCUGCUUUGUACAUUUUCCAGAAGUUUAAAAUUACAACUUAACAUUUUACCACAUUUUUAACCUUUUAUUUUUUAUAAGUUGUUAACGAUUGACAUAAAUCCAUGUCUGCAAAUUGUUAUUCUCAUCAUCUUGCAAGAUGUUUUAAACAUAGUCUACUUGUUAUUCUUUUGUCUUUGAGGUUUUAUUUCUACUUUCGUGUUGCUAAGGGAAAACUGUUUCUGAAAGACUGAGAUCAAAUCGAUUUAUACAUAACUAAAUCAAGGAGUAUUUUAUAAAAUUCUGUUUGACCACACUGUUCUAACCUCUUUAUAUACUUCUCAAAUAAUUGCUAUUGAAAGAAUAUGUACACUUUAUUAUGUAUGUCCUAUAAAACAUAAACUUACAUCAUUUUGCUUUUAUGGGGUGCAUAAACUUCCAACAGUUCUGAUUUGAGAUUGAGAAGAAAAGGAAGCUUUCUUCUUAUUCCUCAGAUUGGUCUCUUUUUCGCUUCUAUUCCUUUUAGUUUGAGCAUGUAUUAUCUUACAUGGACCAAGUUUCAAUCCUUUGCUUUUAAAUAAAAAUUUCCUUCACAACAUUAAAUAUUAACUUUCUGCUAUGCUUCAGUAAGGUCAAGAAAUAGCAAAUCUGAAUUUUUGCUGCUCAGAUAUUAUGGAGAAGGUAGAAAAGGGGAAUCUCCGUGGACAAGGACACUGGUACUUUGGGCUUUAGCCAUGUUCAUUUUUUUUUUAAACCACCAACUAUAUAAUAGGUAGAUAAUUUAUAACAUUGAGCUUGUGAUUCUUUUCAAAUCACACUUGAAGGUUCAGCCGUACUCCUUUCACGUUUGGUUUAAACUGUUGUAUGGAUGAAAAACCUAAAAGGGAUGAUAGUGUUUAUUUUUUAAUUUAUUUGGUACUGUAAAACACCUUUUCAGAAUGACUAAAUGCUGCAUAUGCAUUUUGGAAUUGUUAAUAUGUGAAAGAUAUUACAGAUUCAGCAAGAAAGGAAAUUUGUGCUUCCUUGUUGAACAUUAAAUUAUUUUACUUUGCAUUUUAUAAGAGUACAAAUUAAAACUGAGCCAUUGAACUGCAAUAAAUCAACAGUAGUGUCUCAUUUCAAGAAUUUUUUGUACUGUACAUAGAUUUGUUCAAUAAAACUUUGUCCUUGGUAA